GUCAACUGGCUUACCAGGACGCCUCGCUGCGGCCCCAGCUUGCGGGAGAUAGCCGGGGGUAAUUGCCCUGGAUAACUCACCUGGGGAGAGAGAGUGUGAUGGGUACCUUUGGUCCAGCUUGCAGUAGCCGCCUCGGCAUUGGGAUUGGGAUGGCAUAUAAGAGCUUCCCGAGACCAAAUAUUUCCAGUGUCCAACGCCUCAGCAAUCAUGGAGGGAAAAGAACAAAACGAAACCAUGCACAUCGAAAAUGGCAUGAACACAAAGCUCCGAUCGCUGGACGCUCAAGACCUCCAGGCUGAGCUUGCCUCCCUGGACCACGAAUUGGAGGCGAAGCUCCGGAGGAAGUUCGAUAAGUGGAUCUUGCCAUGCGUGACCCUAAUCUACUUGAUGGCCUUCAUCGACCGGAGCAACAUGGGAAACGCCAAAAUCAUGGGCAUGGAAGAGGACCUGAAGCUUGAAGGAUUCGACUUCAAUGUUGCUCUCACCGGUUUCUUCAUUACUUACGUCCUGUUUGAAGUACCGGCCAAUGUCCUUUGCAAGAAAUUCGGUCCAAAGAUCUGGCUGUCCUUGAUCACCUUCGGAUUUGGCCUCAUCACCCUUUGCAUCAGCUUCACCACCUCGCACACUGGCCUCGUUGUUGCCAGAGUGGUCCUCGGAAUCGCGGAAGCUGGAAUCAUGCCUGGAAUCACCUACACUCUUUCAACCUUCUACCGUCGUCAUGAGCUGGUCACUAGAGUCGGUAUCUAUGCAUCCGUUGCAAGUGUAGCUGGAGGAUUCGGAGGUCUUCUUGCUACUGGUUUCUCGCAAAUUCCCCAGUGGGGAAUGGUCCAUUCGUGGCGUAAUAUUUUCUUCUUCGAGGGGUUGCUCACGAUCGUCGCCGCGGCCAUCUGCUACCUCGUCCUCCCCGACUCACCAGGAUCCGCCAAAUUCUUGACCGAUGAAGAGCGUCAGCUCGCCGUGCGGAGGAUCUACCUCGAGACUCUGACCGGUUCCAAGGAGAAGAUGCAGAAGUUCCACUUCAAAAAAUCGAUCCUCAACAUCAACACCUGGUUGAUGUCCGUUGGACUUUUCUGCGGUCUGCUUUGCAUGAACUCGGUUGCUCUCUUCAUGCCGUCCCUGUUGAAGGCUAUGGGCUUCACCUCGAUCCGGUCCCAGCUCAUGACUGUACCCCCCUACCUCCUCGGUUCGAUCGUCUGUGUCUGCUGCGCCAUCCUCUCGGACCGCCUGAAGACCCGCGGCCUGAUCCUGUGCCUUGUGUCGGGCCCCACGAUUGUCAUCGGCUUCGCCCUGCUCCUGACCAUCGACAUGAUUGCGGUCAAAUACUUCGCGCUGUUCCUCGUCACAAUGGGGGCGUUCACAUCCAGUCCCGUGAUAAUCGCCUGGACAGUCGACAACUCCGCCGGCCCCACCGUGCGCGCCAUCGCCAGCGCCUUCGCCGUCUGCUUGGGCAGCACUGGAGGUCUCGUCGCCACCUGGACUUACCUGCCCUCUGAGGCGCCUGCGUACAGGACCGGCCACAUCAUCAAUCUUUCCGCUGCUGUCAUCCUUCUCGCUGUUUGCUGUACUACUACACUCUACCUGCGCUGGGAGAAUAAGCAACGUGAUAUGGGACGCAGGGAUCAUCGCGUCGAGGGAAAGACCGAGGAGGAGGUGGCUGGUCUCGGCCAUGGUCACCCGGCUUUCAGGUUCACACCGUAGGCGUACAACCCAUGGGUUUCUCCCUCGUUUGGGUGGUUUGCUGGGGAGGGGUGAUCGAUGAUGAUGCUGAUGAUGAUGUUCGCGAUGGCUCUUUUUCAUGGAAGUAUGUAAUGUCCACGGAUGAGGGCACUGUUUUGCAGAGGGGAUGAGGGAUUGGACGCCACGUUUUCUUUUUUUCUUGAUGUAUAUACAUUCUUAACGGUCUUUACUAUGUGCGAUUAUAAAUUUAUG